AGUUGCAACGGAAGCUCUAAUACGACCGAGCCGCCUUUGACAUAAAGUGAUCUUAUUGUAUCAAAUUAUUUGUGACUAAAAUUUACUGUUCGUUUUUACGUUCGUUCAAUGAUGUUUAUUGAAACCCUGUAAUAAUAAAUACAAUGUACAUAACAAGUAAUAUUUUUUAAAAUGUGCUUUCCUCCUAUUGGGUUAAGAUUUAAAUUUAAAGUACUUCGAAGUUUAUUAUUAAAAAGAACGACUACGCGUGCGCAAAAGAAGUACAAGAAAUUUGGCGGAAAGAAAAUCGCCGCAAAGAAAUUUAAGGUGACAUGGCAAAGAAGACGUUAGGCUGAUGUCGCUAGUUGGAACUGAAGUGACGUUUUUGAAGUCAUCUUCAUCAUCGUCAAGUUCAUCUUCUUUUGGCGCGUUUGCAAAAAAUGACGAGAGUAAAUUUUUUACGAUGCGCGCGCACACCGACACCUAAAAACGACACCAAGAAGUUGUUACGAUGCGCGCGCACACCGAAACCUAAAAGCGACAACUUCAGUUGGUAGUUGUCUGUCAACUGUCAAGUUUUCUCGAGAACUGAUAACUAUAUUCGAGGUUAAUUACAAUUGCUACGUUGAAUUUAUGUAUGGGUUAUGGAAUUGCUCCAAAAUCAUUCGAAUACCAUGGUAUCUGUAAAAGUAUGUUCUGCAAUUCAAUGGAAGCUUUAAAUCGAUUAAAAAAUUGCACUGUGGUGUUAGGGAACCUCCACGUGUUGCUGCUAGAAAAAACUAGACGAGAACAUUUUACAAAUGUGUCAUUUCCAAAACUGAAAGAGAUUACAGGUUUUCUAGUAGUGUACCGAGUAAGAGGUUUGGAGAACCUCGGACAGUUGUUUCCCAAUCUAGCAAGGAUACGUGGUGCCCAGCUUUUGUACAACUAUGCACUCAUCGUUUAUGAUAUGCCUAAUCUAAAAGAGAUAGGACUCUACAGUUUACUAAAAAUCGAUAGAGGCGGUGUUAUAAUCUGGACAGUAUCACAAGCGUGUUUCAUAGACACAGUGGAUUGGAAAUCUAUUGCGCCCGGUUCCAGGCACGUGCUAAGUGUGGAUAGACAUGCUCAUUGUUAUAUACAUUGCACAUGCAGCAGGAACGCUUUGACGAACCAUUGUUGGAACAACAGAAAAUGCCAACGUUACCUAGAAGGCCCCGAAGGUGAAAAAUGUAAAAGCCAAUGUCUCGGUUGUCGGAAGACAAAUAGCAGCGAUUGUUCCGUUUGCCGACAUUACACGUUCAGGGGGCAAUGUGUCUCCGAGUGCCCCAACGGAACUGUCGUUCUGCCAGUAAACGAAUAUUGUCUGAGCAACGACGAAUGCAACAAGCUGGAUGGAUGGUCGUGGAAUAAUACUUGUAUAUUUGAAUGCCCCCUAUAUUAUGUUAAAGAAAAAACUGCAAACGGUUUCACCUGUAGGUGGUGUAAGAAUUGUACGGAGACCUGUGGAAGUCAAUUCAUUCGAAGCAUUGAAACAAUACAAGCAGCUAGACGAUGUGUCUAUAUUAAUGGCUCUUUGACUAUACACAUUUCAUCAAUACCUGAAAUUGUUCAAGAAUUAAGAACGUUUCUAAGCGUAGUACAAGAGGUUUCUGACUAUAUAGUUAUUUAUGGUUCGAUUGCUAUUACAUCUUUAGAUUUUUUAUCGUCACUUAAACGUAUUGGUGGAAGAAAUUUACAAAAAGGAAAGUACAGCCUUGUUAUAUAUGAUAUGCGGAAUCUUCAGACAUUAUUUUUGUCGAAUGUCACAGAAAAUCUUAAAGUCGAUCAUGGAACUGUAAACUUCUAUGGAAACCCAAUGUUGUGUGCGAGUCAAAUUGAAAAAGUGCAAAUGAAAUUUCCGACUCAACCAAAUGAAAUAGAUGUCCCACAAGGCAUGAAUGGUUACAGUGGCGGGUGUAAGGAAGUAUCUCUUGGACUUCAAGUAAGAGUUCUGAACGAGACAUCAGCUCUGGUAAUGUUUUCGCCAAUAGCUGAUACAGACGUACAUUAUUCCCUUCUCUACGUAAAACUUCCUCAAAGUGUUCAUGAGACUUUCGUUCCAGAAACAUGCAGCGAAUCAGAAUGGUUUGCAGUAGAUGUUCCACCUGUGUUCAGUCAGCUAGGUAUGGUUCAACUUUCAUCCCUACAUCCUGCUUCAAGUUACGCUAUUUGUAUAGAAACUUACGAUCCUAUACACAGAAACCUUGCUAGAAGUACAAUACUAAGUUUUAAAACUCUUGUUGGCAAACCUGAACCUCCUUUCAUUUCGGAACUAGUUGCUUCAUCGUCUGACGUCGUAGUUAUUCGUUGGGUAGAUCACAAGAACUACAGAUCUCAUAUUUCACAUUAUGAACUGGAUGUUAAUUUGAUUGAUAUUCAUUCUAAAGAUAUUUUGGCUAGAGACCAUUGCGUAAAUAAGGACGAAAGUUACUAUGAAAUAGAUUUUACACGACAUGCCGUAGUUUUGAAACCACCUCCAAGCUAUGAAAAAGGUUGUGAAUCAAUGUGUGGAGUACUUUCUUCAGUAACAGAAGGGGCUAUGACAGAAGAGCAUUUUGAGGUGUGCAAUAAAUAUGAUUUAGAAUGUGGAUUAGAAACUAACAUACGAAGCAAUAAAAGCUUCGGAAAGUACGUUCAAAGUUUAGCCAUAGAUAUAAAAGGCCCGAGAAAUGAUUUCCAAAUUGGAGGUUUAGCACCAUUUAGAGAUUAUAAGUUUAAAUUGCGAGCAUGCACUGAACAUUCUUGCAGUAGAUCUGCUCGGGGCGCUGUAAGAACGCUUCGCAAACACGGCGCAGAUAUACCUUCUAUUACAUUUAUAGAAGCUAAUUUAACUGGAUACGUAACUGUGUAUUGGAAACCACCUUUGCUUACAAACGGCCCAAUAUUAUCAUACACUAUUGAAGUUUUACCGAGUAUAAUUUUAAAUGAUUUUAACAAUCUUUUACCACAAGUAUGGUGCAUAUCCAAUAAUACGACUAGCUUGACUGUCAAAUCAGAAAAAGCUAUGAAAUAUAUUAUAAGGGUCUGUACAACCACCCUGGGUUCUAGUAAAUCAUGUACUGGUUGGAAAAAAAUUUAUGUUACUAUAAAACGCAUCCCAACUUGGUGGUGGACUGGAAUAUUAUUUGGUGUCAUUCUAUAUUUCGUUUCAACUUUGGUUGGUUGGUUGUAUAAAAAUAGAAGAAACUACAUAGAUAUGAUACCUUUACUUGAUAAUAGGUUGAGUUACGGGAAUGAAACGGAACCACCGAGUUUUAUGUUGACAGACUUGGCUCCAAUCUACUCUAUUCCAUUGCGUGAUACUCAUUUGGAUUAAAAGUAAAAAUAAUGAUUAAGGAAAGUAACAAAUAUGAAAAAUGGUGAAUAUAUAAAUAAAGAUUUUUUUUCUAAAACAUCUGUUAAAAUUAUAAAUUUAGCAUAAGGAAAUAUCAAUUUAUUUGUGUAAUAUAUUAAGAACAUAAUAGCAACACUGAUAUUUGAGUCGAGUAAAUUUGAUG